AUGCGUGAAACCAGUCAAAACCAUCACAACCAAAACUGUGCAGCGUCCGUAGCUCAAGUGAAGGAUCGUCUCGCUACUGGCGCGCCGUUCUGUGCUUCGGUGCACGGGCUACUAACCCAUCUAGACUUAGAUGAAGUGGACAAUAUCACGGACCAAAACGAGGAACUGCGAGUACGUUUUGCUGAUCAUACUGGUGAAUUGAAUGCUCGCAUUCCUAUAAACGUUUUAGAAGAUGCUCUUGGAUGUACCGCUGUGGAAUUGAAAGCGAUGUCACCAGAGACCCGUGCAGCGGUUCGAUGGAGGGUGCUGUUGGAACAGUGCAGUGCAAAACUAGCGGGAACUUCUCCAAGACUACUAGUAUUGACCCUACGUCGAGCCUCACCCGCUGAUCCUAUACCAUUAUAUUAA